GGAACAGUCUGAUAUUGUUAUCAUUGCCCUACCUAUUCCAAUUCUACAUACAAUUUACGUUAUUUAUUGUGAAAAUAAGAAGUUUCAGUGUCAUUUCACUAUGAUAACGACUGAAAAUUCAGUCAGUGUUAAUUAAUCAACACAUUUGUUUGUUUAAAAUGAAAUGACAGUCAUGAAUACACAGGAUUAUAUUAGUUUGUCACAAGAUUCACUGCGUGGAAUAUAUUCAGUAAAAGAUGUUGAAUUGUAUAACAAUGAGUACCUGGAUCCAUUCAGUGAAAGUUUAAAUUCCCCAUCUUUCUCAAAACCAAGUCCUUUAGUGUGUUUAGAGGAAGCAUGUACACGUAUACUACAGAAUAUACAUCCAUUACCUUAUAAUAGAAUUCUUAGUGGAAUCACUUACAAACAAGCGGAAAAUAACAUUCAUAACAGAAGUAAUAAAAGUAGACAUGGUUUCGCUGCACGUUUAUCAAAUUGCAAUUGGAUUCAAUGUAAGCGUAAAAUACGCUCAUCCUACAACAGAAGAAAUGAAUAUCAGCUUGAUUUAAAAAAAUUAUCCAGUGUACAUGGUGCAUUAACUACUUCACAAAAACGAAAAAUAAUCCCAUCAAAAAACAUUCGUAAAAAAUUAUAUUACAGGAGGAAAAAAGUUUCAUCAAAUAAAACUUUAAAUACACAGAAUUCUAGAUCCAAGUCUCAGUCAAGAAAAAUGCCCAAAUCUUUAAAAAUAUAUCACAAUAAAGUCAAUAAAGGUAAUUCAGAUUAUAGUGAAACAUUGUCAACAUUUGUUUCCAAUCAAACUCAAACUAUUCAACGAUCAGUGGUAGGUGAAAAUUCAACAUUGAAAAAUGAACAAACAAAUAAGUUAAGUAACAGACAUCAAAACUGUACAUGUAAUUUUUGUUAUGAAAUGCAAAUGUUGAAUAUUCUUUUAACUUCUUGGAGUACAGUUAUUAAUUUUAUACAUAAUUUACAAAUAAAUACAAUUGCUAAUUCGAAUGAACCUCAUAACCCAGAAAAUUCUAACGAUAUACCAAAAUGCAAUAAUUCAAAUAUCUCUAAAAUGAAGGAUAACAACUCUGAUCAAGAUGAUUGAUUAAUAACAUUUAAAUAAAUACCUUUUUUUCACAAAAUUUCUGCUCUAAAAUUAUUUAUUACUUGUAAAUUUGAGAAAAAGUAAUGCAAAAUAAAAUUAAGCAGUAAACAAAUAAAAAGUUGAUAGCUCCAUUGAUCAGUGAAUUGAAUUAAACAAUACGCCCUUUUAGAAAUAGUAUUUAAAACAAAUAAAUUUAUCAUGGUUACAGUUGAACUGUGACGUUCACUUGACAGGGGAAUUCAAA